UGUUCCUAGACCAGUUAACCCACUGUUCCUAGGCCAGUUAACCCACUGUUCCUAGACCAGUUAACCCACUGUUCCUAGACCAUCAUUGUAAAAAAGAAGCUCACCGACAAGGUUCAAUACAUUUAAAAAUAUAUAUAUAUAUUAAAAUCUCAUUGAGGACCAACACUUCCUUUUGUAGCCUCAAGGUGCAUCUCUGGGUCAUCUUCAAAACUCUUGUACAACCUAUAUUUACUUUUUUGCUCUUUUGCACACCAGUAUUUCUACUUCCACAUCAUCAUAUCUACCACUCCAGUGUUAAUUUGCUAAAUUGUAAUUCCUUUGCUACUAUGGCCUAUUUAUUGCCUUACCUCCUUACUCCAUUUGCACACACUGUAUAGACUUUUUCUAUUGUGUUAUUGACUGUACAUGUGUUUAUGUGUAACUCUGUGUUGUUGUUUGUGUCACACUGCUUUGCUUUAUCUUGAACAGGUCACAGUUGGAAAUGUGAACUUGUUCUCAACUGGCCUAACUGGUUAAAUAAAGGUGAAAUACAUUUUUUAAUUUUUUAAUAAUACAUUUAUCAGAGCCUAUAUUUGAUGAAAGCACAGUCCAUAGCUUUGCUAGUGCAAGAUGGGAUCACCAUGUGCACCGGCACUCUAAAAAGACAUCUGCUGGUCUAGAAUGGUCUAGAAUGAGAGAGCAGCAGUUCUUAACAUCUUUAAUAGGUUGUAUUUUAACAAGUCAAAAUGUUGUUAACAUACAUGGUCCUGGACACAACAACAUGAAACUAUCUAUCAUAUUCCUAGCCUAGAGUUUAGAGCAUUGGACAAGUAACCGAAAGGUUGCAAGAUCGAAUCCCCAAGCUGACAAGGUAACCCACCAUUCCUAGGCAGUCAUUGAAAAUAAGAAUGUGUUCUUAACUGACUUGCCUAGUUUAAUAAAUUUCAAAUAAAUAAAUAUAUGAACGAAUAUCACCCCUGACCUGUGAUGAUGAUGAGGAUGAUAGUGUGUUUUCCUAGAUCUCUCCGAAUCAGAGCCUGGUGUCUGGGCUGUUUCAGUGACAUCACGGUUUCUGUACGUCCUCUCACAACAACUUCCUGUUUGAUUGCCAUAAAAAGCAUUAAUGUUGCUGAUCUCUGCCAUUCUCACUUCACACAUUCUAAAGGGACUGAGAGAAACAGAGAGAACGAGAGUAAUAGACAGAGAACCAGAGAUCACAGUAUGAAAAUAAUGAAGUCAGCGGUUGUUGUCAUUGUGUUUCUCAACAUGCUGCAUCGCUGUCUGAGCAACAACUUACGCACAGAGAUCCUGAAUGACUUGAGUAACCUCACUCCGGACAACUUCACUUAUCCAAAGCAGUACCGAGUACCAGCAUCACAAAUGCAGGCGAAAGCAUGUGAGUGCCAGGGGAUGUUUGCCACUGGGCUGAAGCAUGUGGUCAACAAGGUGAAGGCCCGGACCGAGGAACACAAACCCCUUCUGAACAGACUACAAAAGAACAUUCAGGCUCUGCCUCAGAAAUCUACCCCUAAGGAGGCCAGUAUCUGCCCCAUGAAGAGCAAGUCGCUGCUAACCCGUCCACCGAAUACUAUUGUUCUAAUGGCUUACAGAUAUUUCCUCAAGAACCUGAACGAAAAGGAAUGUUAGAGAGAUACUACCGUAGAGAUAAUUCGAUUAUCUCUAUAUAUUAUAGAAUGAUCUCGUCUGGUAAUAUGGCCCAUAAAUACACUGCAUCUCUCUUUGUGUAAUAUGGCCCAUAAAUACGCUGCAUCUCUCUUUGUGUAAUAUGACCCAUACAUACGCUGCAUCCCUCUUUGUGACAGAAGUAAUGAUUCAUUUAUAGACCAUUCUCAGGUUUAGGUUGUUCAUGUAUUUUUUGUUGUACUACUUAUUGAUUGGAUCACUCUGUUUUUAUUGAAAUGUAUUAAAAAAUGGAGUUAUUUUUUAAAUGUAUUUAAACAAACCAUAUUUAUUUGUUAAAUUAUUACUUUUGAAUUAUGUCUUAAAGAUAACAGUCAGUGUUCUUACCAUGGCUGUUUGUAGUCAGACUAAAAAUGUUUGCUUGAUAUACGGUACUAUGUACUUCUAUCAUGAAAAGCAUAAUUGUUCUCAAAUAAGAUAAUUUUAUAUUGAAAUGCAGAAUGUUUCACAUGAAUGUACAAAUUUCAAACGUAUUGAUUAUGUAUUUAUUCUAUGCUGGUUGAAUGUGAAUGAAUCCUACAUUUUAUACUGUAAAGAACUUACAUCAGUGAUGUGGGAUCAACUGUAUUUUUCUUAUAGAAAAUAAAUCGAUAUUUUUCAAAA